AGACACCGUCAUCGGGUCCUGGGCUGGGUAUUUUGCAUGGGACACUGGCGUUAAACUCGAUUGUAACCCCAAUUCGCUGGGAAAGGCCUUUCUGCUGCAUUUACACACGGGACGAUGUCUGUCUUCUUUCCUUUUCGCGAUUUUUCGAGGCGGCGAUACAAACAAAAUGUUGUUGCAUGGGGGAAAAUGAAAGAAAGACAAACUCUCGACUUUGCGAUUGCUACUUACACCUGGUUUACUUAUCUUUCUUUUCUUUUGUACAUUUUGCGAGGCGAAUGCCCGCUUGGUUUUUGGGUCUCGGCGGGUGAAGGACCUGGUUAUGGUUCUGGUUUGCGAAAUUUCUUCAGACCCCCCUUCGCUGAGAAGAGGAGUCCUGAUUUUCCUUGACAGUGGACAGAUGGAUGGAUGAAAAUGGGCACCGGAUCUCGAAUAAGAUGGUGUGGCAUGUCGAUGUUGUAGACUGAUAGUCAGCAAUAUGAGAUAUAAAAUUGCCUUGAUGUCUCUUGAUGAUCUUGUGAUGUGCUAAU